AGAGCGCAGUGCGCCUGUAUCACGAUUACUGCCAUUGCUGCUACGAUUUAUUUUUCAUGUCAGGACACCUCAAAUCUGUUCCACUUGUGGCUCCUGGCCAUACACGACCCGUUACCCAUCUUUCAUUUUCCCAAAUUCAAGACGAUGGCGCAUAUUUGCUUGUAUCCAGUUGUAAAGAUGGAAACCCGAUGCUGAGAGAGUGGACUGGCGAUUGGAUUGGUACUUUCCUUGGGCACAAAGGUGCUGUGUGGAGUACCAAGCUGUCGCCCGAUUCUUCGAGAGCAGCAUCUGGUAGUGCAGAUUUCACUGCAAAAAUUUGGGAUACGUAUUCUGGAGAGCCUUUGCACUCUUUCCCUCACAAUCAUAUCGUUCGCACUGUCGCAUUGUCACCAACCUCAGCCCACCUUCUGACUGGUGGACAAGAAAAGAAAGUAAGGGUAUUCGACCUAGGCAGACCUGAUGCAGACCCAGAUUAUCUUGGUGAGCCCGGGGGUUUAUCCCAUGAAGGAACAGUGAAAAGUGUAGUUUGGGUCGGCGACCACACAGGUGUAUCCGCUGGCGAAGAUGGGCUUAUCAAAUGGUGGGAUCUUCGGACGCGGCAGUUGGCCACGACUCUUUCUUUUCCAAACCCUAUCACGUCGAUGGAAUUCUCUCCACAGACGAAGCGUCUUGUCGUAACCUCAGGAAAAACUGUAGCGUUCAUACCUGCUUUUGCCAACGGGUCAACUACGCACAGUCUUACUCUGCCUUAUUCCCCAUCGUCUGCAACCAUCCAUCCAAUCUUGCAAGAUCGAUUUGUGACUGGAAAUUUGGGUGAUGAGUGGGUCAGAGUUCACGGAAUGGAUGGUGAGGAAAGGGAGGUGUUAAAGGGCCACCAUGGACCUGUUCAUUGUGUUGAGUUUAGCCCUGAUGGUGAAAUGUAUGCUAGUGGUAGUGAGGAUGGCACAAUUCGACUUUGGCAAACAACACCCGGGAAAACAUAUGGUCUUUGGCAGGGAAAUACGAACGGUGGUUAGAUGGGGGAUUUACUACGAAAUGCAGCGCUUAUUGUUUUUCUACCUUUGGGAAACGUUCGUUAUUGAUUGAGCAACGGGUACAUGUCACAUCACAGGAAGUGUUCUCAGAUCGCCGAGGUUAAUCUUACACUUGAGUUCCUCAUAAUUGCCGUUU